ACAUCCCUCAACCAGGUCGCAUUGCUUCACGUACAGAGGAAUCUGUUUCGGAGGGCAAUCGAGACGGAUUAUUCUCUAUUUUUUACGUCUUUUUUAUAUUUACAGAAAAAAACAUGACAGAAAAAGGUAUGACAAAACAACGUAUUACACUGUGCGUCGGAGGGUUUUCCUUUACGACAUAUACUGAAGUCUUGUCAAGAUUCCCUGAAACCAAACUGGGUAAAAUAAGUCAGUCGAGUCCAUACUAUGACCGGACUUGUGAUGUGUAUUCUUUCGACAGAGACCCUAACGUGUUCAGCUGUAUUCUGAAUAUGUAUAGGACAUCUGAACUUCAUCUUCCGUCCAACAUAUGCGGCAAUGCCAUACGACGGGAACUGGAGUUUUGGGAGAUUCCUGAGACUCAGAUCUCCGAGUGCUGUUGGAUCAUUAUGUUCAAAGUGGAUCAGGGCGAGGAAAUCUGCCAGGAUUUGGCUGCUAACUUUGAAAAGUCUACCAACGUGGAAACAGAGUCACCUUGUGGCAGAUUCAGGGAUAGUCUUUGGAAAUGCCUCGACCAACCAAAUUAUUCAAGGAUUGCAAAGAUCUGGAACACUGUUUUUAUGGUCCUCGUGGCUGUGUCUGCUAUCAACUAUUGUCUGGAAACAAUGGUUGAAUUCCGUGUGCCACUCGUGGGUGCUGAAUACAACAGCUCAGUUCGAAAGAACCUCAGUGGAAAUAAUUUGAAGAUCGAACUGUUGAUGUUUACGAAGGUGUACCCUGCCCUGAGCGCCAUUGAUCUUGUUUGCCUCUGUAUCUUCACCGUGGAGUUCAUCCUUCACUUCCUGUCAUGCGCACGGAAACGGAAGUUCAUGAAGAGAUUCCUCACAUGGGUCGACAUCGUUACGAUUUCCGGUGGAUGGAGUGUGUAUCUCACCGAGAUGGGAUUCACACAUGGAUUCGUUGCCAAAAACUACGACAUGUUCAUUUUGUAUGUUGUACUUCGAAGUUUCUAUAUAUUCCGGCUUUUCCGCUUUUUACGACUUUCGGAGCGAUUUACCGGAUUGAAGGUGAUAUUUUUGGCUAUCAACCGAAGCAAAUCGGAACUAAUCCUGUUGGGGUUUUGCUUCACGAUAUUCGCGACAGUGUUUGGAUCUAUACAAUAUUACUGCGAAUUUGAAAACAAUCACUUCGACACCGUACCAAUAUCAAUCUGGUGGGCAGUGGUUACUAUGACAACGGUAGGAUAUGGGGACUAUGUUCCAUCUGGGGUGUGUGGUUACCUGGUGGGGUCGACCUGUUCUCUUCUCGGGAUUCUUGUCAUUCCGAUGCCCAUUGCCAUAAUCGCUGCCAAUUUCAAUGACUUCUACAAGCGAAACCAGCAACGUCAACAGCGGCUGAAGAAACAGAUGCCACCUCCUAAAAAGAUCUCAGCAAUCAAAGUUAACCCCUGCUUAUCGAAGUUAACCCGUUAACCCCAUUUUAUUAAAAUGAUCGUCUAUUUACCACUUUAAACUCUGUUUAUUAAGUUUAUC